AUGGUCUGGGUCCGAGGCUGGGGCGGUCGUCGGUAUGUCAAGGGCAUCACCGGGGCAGGCUGCUGUGGGGACAAGGCCCGGCGUCUGGGUUGUGGCUUUGUGGGGGGCUCUGAGUGCCGGCUGCACCGCUGCCCCCAUGAGCACACCUGGGGGUACCCGCUCACCGGGCUGAGCCGCCACUGGGGUCUGCAGCUGCUGGGCGCCAUGCACUGGGCCUGGGCGGCCGCUGCUGUGGCCCUCGGGCUGCAGCUCUUGCUCCUGAGGGGCGUUGGGGCUCGGCGGGAGCCCAAGAGACCUCAGCAGCCCAGCCAGCGCACUGAGCCCCCCACCGCCACCAUGUCCCACAGCGAGGGGCUGCUGGGCUCCCCCAAGGGCGUCUCCACGGCAGCCAGCCUGCUCUCGGCCCACGCGGCCCGUUGGAGCCUGAGGCCCCAUUUUCCAGAUGGGCAGGCUGAGGAGUGUGAGUCCCCGGGCCCUGCCAGCCAGAGAAGGGUGGGCUCCUGGCAGCUUCUGGGGCUCUGUCCCCUGGCCCUGCAGCCACCUGAGGGCCUGGGGUCUGAGUUCUCAGACGCCCACAUGACCUGGCUGAACUUUGUCCGGCGUCCACAUGACGGGACCUCCAAGAAACGGUGCCGGGGCCGGGACAAGAAGUCGCGAGGCCUCUCUGGCCCCCCGGGGCCGCCCGGGCCGCCUGGGCCCCCCGGGCCCCCCGGUGCCACAGUCACCCAGGAAGCCCUGCUGCGAGAGUUUCAGGAGAUGCUGAAAGAGGCCACUGAGCGCCGGUUCUUGGGGCUGCUGGGCCCAUCGCUGCCUGAGGGGACAGGGCGGCUGGUGGCCGAGGCCUUCCACUGCGCCCUGAAGGGCCCCCUGGUGGUGGACGAGAGGACGCUGGUGGAGCUGCAUGGCUUCCAGGCUCCCACGGCCCAGGGCGCCUUCCUGCGGGGUUCUGGCUUGAGCCUGGCCUCAGGCCGGUUCACAGCCCCAGUGACCGCCAUCUUCCAGUUCUCCGCCAGCCUGCACGUGGACCGCAGGGAGCCGCAGGGCAGGGCGCGGGCGCGGGCUCGGGACACCGUGCGGGUGCUUGUCUGCAUCGAGUCCCUGUGUCAUCGACACACGUCCCUGGAGGCCAUCUCGGGCCUGGAGAGCCGUGGCAGAGUCUUCACUGUGCAUGUGGAGGGGCUGCUGCAGCUGCAGGCUGGACAGUACGCCUCCGUCUUCGUGGACAACGGCUCUGGGACAGCCCUCACCAUCCAGAGUGGCUCCAGCUUCUCCGGCCUGCUCCUGGGCACGUGAGGGCCGGACGGGGGACCCACGGGGCCCACCCACCCCCACUGUCCACUGUUAAACCUGUGGUCCCAGCAAUAAAGAGCUCCCAGCCCUCCCUG